CAUGGAAGGCAUGUCCAAUGGUGCAAAUGAGUGGAAUGGACUGCCCCAUGAAACACCAGCAUGCGGAAUUAACCCUGCGUUUUUGGCCCGACACUCAACAGACCCUCUCCUUGGAGGUUAUACAGCAAGCAAUGCUGAAGCAAGCAAUAGUCAAAGUCACGUAAUUCAACUGGAACAGAAUGAAGUGCACUGUAUGCAACAUAAUAUGCCAUCUGAGCAAGAUGACAGGUGCUUAUUUACAAACAUAGAAAGAGAAAGAAUUGCAAGGAGAUGGUGUUCUUGUUACAGAGAUGAUCCAGAUUCUAUGCCCAUUUGUGAAGUGUGUUAUAGGCACCGUUACUGUGGACCUGGAUAUCGUCCCCGAAUGAACCGUGUGGAUUUAUGUUGCCACUGCUUUGAGGAAGUCAUUGGACAGUGCAUUAUGUUGCCUUGUGGGCAUAAGGCACACAAGGACUGUGUAAUUGCAGCAAUUUGCUUCAACAUGUUAAAUUGCUCAAUAUGUGGGAAAGAUUUCUUGCGUUUGGCUUAAGGAAGCUGUCACACCUGUGAAAAGAUACUUUGUAACCAUGUUUUAUUAUCUUAAAAGAUAUUUGUGGUCAUGCUUAAACCUGUAACCGUGUUGGGUUAUUUUAAUAUCUUAAAAAAUGUUCUUGGUCAUGCGUAAACCAAGGUUGCCAGGUUGUCAGUCCAACUAAUAUUAAUAUUCAGUAGAGCAUCACUUAGCUAAGUGGGGCAUGCUUUAUUUCACUUCCAAAUGCAGAUUUCUCAAGAGGUUUUGUUUUGCUGGCGAUACAUUAUAAUCCCUCCAAAAUGAGGUGAACUUUUAUAAUCUAUUAAGGUGGAGGGAAAUUAAUUAAUUUUUUCAGAGAAAUAUUCUAUAUUGUCCAUGAAUUACUACUUUUUCUAUUUAAAAAUUUGAUCACCAUGGGUGUAAUUGGAAUAAGCAUUUUCAAUAUUAUUGAAAACUGGUUGUGUAUCAAGUAAAAUUUUGAUGAAUUUGAAAAAAAUAUUUGUA